AUGGCAGAAAAUAACAGCAGUGAGCAGCCUGGCAAACCAGACGAUAAUCUAAGUGUUUCUGAAAUCUCGGUUUACGUGACCAAUGUGGAUGGAAAUGUGCCCGUGAAAAGAAAACACCCACGAAAAGGCCGAAAGAGACCCAGAUUUUUGCGGAAACAUCACCUCGAUGAAAAGACCAAGUUCUUAUUUACAAACAAAAAGAUUAUCCUCUUUACUUUGACAGUUCUUGUCCUUUUGGUUUUAACAUGGACGUUACUGUGGAUCUUUGUCUUGCGGACUGAAAAUGGCAAUCCCUUAUAUUUUGCUGGAUUAUUCCGUAUAGCAAAUUUUGAAUUUGUUCCCGAGUAUCGAAGAAGGGAUUCGUCUGAAUUUCUUUCCAUGGCGGAGAAAGUUCAGCAAGUGAUGAAGAAUGUUUACAAGAAAUCGCGUUUCGCCAAGUUAUACAAGCAAUCAAUCAUCUCUGACCUGAGUAACAACAACAAUGGUGGCGUCCUAGUUCACUUCUGGAUUGUCUUUGUGGUCCUAAAUGUGAAGAGUCAAUUUAUAUGUGAGGAUUGUAUCAGCGCUGUCCUAAGGGAUUCCAUUCAGACCAGUCUGGUAAACCGUUCAUCGGUUGGAUAUCUCCUUGGACUUCCUGUGGACCUGGACUCGAUUGUUGUUAAUGCUGCCCUCCGGUCAGAUUACAUUGCCACAGCUACACCAGGUUCCAAAUGUAGUAGAGAAAAGCACGCAGACCGGCCCGGUGUUCAAGUCCCUUUCAACUUGUCUGCUGCCUCUGGAAGUCUGAGCUGCCACUACAAACUCACAUCAUUGCUAGGACACAUCAUUCGCCUCUCUCUUGUGUCCCUUCAGUUUGUACCUGACAGCUGUGUCACAGAUUCCCUCAUUAUUUAUGACUCCCUCAUGCCUAUCAGAAGUAAAAUGUUAUAUGGAGUCUGCGAAUCCUUUGGGUCUACCCCAGUUUCCUUUGUGUCAACUGGCAACGCUAUGUUCUUGUCCUUCAAAUCACUCAGGGUGCACGGAGUGAAAGGAAUGAAUGGAUACUUUGAAGCAAUUCCACAGGAAAAAUACGAAGGGACUUUAAUAACAACAGAUGGUACAGGUUUGAAAGGAAACAUAACCAGUCCUUAUUAUCCAAGUUUUUAUCCUCCAAAAUGCAAUUGCAAAUGGACGUUCAAGACCUCUACAGACUCUCUUGGGAUUGCAUUGACAUUUCAUAACUACAUCCUGAAAGAGAAGGGUCUUGAAAGAUGUGAUCACGGUUGGUGGAAAAUAAAUGAGAAGAUGUACUGCGGUUAUCAAAUAGAUCAUCAGACAGUAUUCCGGGUAGCAAAUGUCUUAGUGAAUAUCAUGUUCCAGUGCAGUGGAAAGCAAUCGGACAAGGCACUUCUGGCAGAGUACAGCAGUUACAACAUCAGUCAGCCUUGUCCUAAUGGAUAUUAUGUCUGCUCCACUGGUCUGUGCAUCCGACAGUCUCAGCGUUGUGAUGGAUCAGAUGACUGCUUUGAUGAAAGUGAUGAAGUAUUUUGUUCACCAAAGGAGUGCAAUGCAAGUUCUCCACAGCAGCAUUUUGACCUCAUCUGCAAUGGAGUUAUGGACUGUGAGAAUGGUACAGAUGAACUCAACUGCACUGACCCUGUGCCUUGCACAAACAUCACCUAUAAAUGUAAGAAUAAUAUAUGCAUUCAGAAGAAGAAUGCCAAAUGUGAUCGGACUAUAGACUGCCUGGAUGGAAGCGAUGAAAUAAGUUGUGGCUGUGGCAAUAAGGAGCAGGAGCAGAGUCGAAUAGUUGGGGGAUCAAAUGCUCAGGACGGCAAGUGGCCUUGGCAAGUCAGCCUACACUUUGGUGGAUCAGUGUAUUGCGGUGCUUCAGUAAUAGCAAAAGAAUGGCUUUUAUCAGCAGCACACUGCUUCCAAGGGGAAAAGAUGUCUGAUCCGAGACCAUGGGUAGCUCAUCUAGGAAUGCGUAUUCAAGGGAUUCCAAAGUUUACAAGUGAGCUGAAACGAAUCAUUGUCCAUGAAUAUUAUAACACUCGGAAUUUUGACUAUGAUAUUUCACUGCUACAGAUGAAGAAUGCAUGGCCAGACUCGCUGGCAGCAGUAAUCCAACCAAUCUGUGUCCCUUCACUCACCCAUGCAGUGCCGAAUGGGGAGAAAUGUUGGGUGACUGGAUGGGGUCGAAGACAAGAAAAAGACACCAGUGAUCCUACAGUUCUGCAAGAAGCCGAGGUUGAGAUCAUAAACCAAACAUUCUGUCGCUCCACCUAUGGACUCAUCACUCCACGUAUGCUGUGUGCUGGGUUGCUAUCAGGGAAAAGAGAUGCUUGUCGAGGCGAUUCGGGAGGUCCAUUAUCCUGCCGUGAAAAGGUUGGUGGAAGAUGGUUUUUGAUUGGCGUUGUUAGCUGGGGUUACGGAUGUGGAAGACCAAAUUUCCCUGGAGUCUACACAAGAGUGUCAAAGUUUGCCACAUGGAUCCAGGAGCACCAAAGGACCUGUGAGAUCUUCAGUAUAUCAGGAGCAGCAGCUGAGGACCAAGGAAGGUCAGUGCCUGCCACUGGACAGAAAUAUCCUAUUACGGUGUCCGACAAAGAGACCUUGCCUUCUGAUCAGUGUCUCAAUCUCUCAUCAGUCCAUUCAGUGGAUCCAUUAGCAUUCAAAGCCAAGCUCUGCCCCCUGGAGCUCUCCUCCCACAGGCUGGCAACAACGCCUGCCAUCUCCAUUUUCUACCUGGGUGGAAGUCUAGAAAUCUCUAACCUGACCUACACCAAUGAAUUAGGAGACCCACGCUCACAGCAGUUUAUUUCACAAGCACAGGCAGUCCAAAAUUAUUUUGCAGACAUGUACCAGCCAUCUAUAUUGGGGAAAUAUUACCUGAAAUCUAUCAUCACUGCUUUUAGUGAAGGAGAAGAAGGACUUCGGGCCUAUUACUGGAGCAAGUUCUCAGCCCCAAAGGAUAUAGUGCACAACAUCAAGAAUGCCACUGCGUCCAAUAUACGGCAAAUCAAUGGCAAAAAGGUGAAAGUACCUGCGUUGAACUCCUCGGAAGAGAUAUGGUCCAUGGAAGAAGAUUUUGAUAUUUACACAGUCGAACUGUUUGCUUCAGGAUCUGAGGAGUACGAUUUGGCAGUAAAAUCAGCGAUUUCCUUUGAUCUGUAUGCAAAACCAGGCAACAAUCGGACCCUGACCCUGACUCGCCCAAAGAGGUCCUAUUACCAGUGGAGACUGCGAGUGCCAUCAGGCCACAUUGUGCGCUUGGUAAUCUUGACCUUACAUGGGGCGACUCCAGGAAACUGUGCAAUCCAUAAACUGUCAGCUUAUGACUUUCUGCUUCCUGUUCAGAACAAAAUAAUAGCACGGUGGUGUGGAAUGCCAGUGACGUGGAAUCCUCCUCUUAUCAGAUUGACCUCAGCUGGCAACGUGAUGCUGGUGACUUUUUCAUCAGACAGACCAAGAGAAAAUGCCGUGUUUAAAGCCUAUUUCCAAGCCAUUCCAAAAGGAGGCUGUGGUGGCAGUUUCAGCUCCUGGAAUGGUUCCUUGAGUUCUCCCUUCUAUCCCAGUUAUUAUCCUCCCAAGGUUGAUUGUACCUGGACAAUCAGAGCACCUGCUCCUGGAUAUGUUAUAGCGCUUUCUGUUUUCGUUUUGGAAACCCAAGAACGGUCACACAGCUCUGGCAUCUGCGAUAAGGACUGGUUGGAGAUAGAUGGGGUCAGAUAUUGUAGUCCCGUUUCUGAAGGCAGCCUCAGCAAGAUUCAUGGAAGAUUUGUUAAAAUCAAAUUUCACUCGGAUCAGUCAGUCACCCGCAAAGGCUUUUAUUUGGAGUACAGAGCUUUUAGCUUUGAAGACCCCUGCCCCAACCAAUUCCAAUGCAAGGAUGGGUCAUGCAUUUCUUUGAAGAACCAUUGUGAUGGAUGGAGGGAUUGUCUGGAUGGAAGUGAUGAGGUGAAGUGCAAUUGUCAUUUUAACUGCUUAAAUGGAAACUGCCUUUCCCAGACAUCCCUUUGCGAUGGAGUAAAUGAUUGUGGAGAUGGAAGCGAUGAAAUAAACUGUACCAGGGCAUAUAUCUAUUCUGCAGUGCAUAAAGGCUGCUACUUAUCUUCAUAUAAGUGCCGUAAUGGAAAAUGCCUGAACAAGAUCAACCCAGAGUGUGAUGGGAGAAGAGACUGCCUGGAUGGGUCAGAUGAAGCAGGCUGUGCGUGUGGAACAAGCCCAGCCAAGAAAACAAAAAUAGUUGGGGGUGAAGAUGCCAGGAAUGGUGAAUGGCCUUGGCAAGUCAGCCUGCAGAUGGGGAUGUAUGGGCAUAUAUGUGGGGCAUCCAUUGUUUCAAAUCGUUGGCUCCUCUCUGCUGCCCAUUGCUUCCAAGACUCUGACUCUAUACGAUAUUCUACCUCAUCAUCUUGGACAGUGUAUCUAGGCCUGAGAUUAAUGAACAGGAUGAAUACUCGGAUAGUCACCAGAUCGAUUAAGAGAAUCACUGUGCAUUCCAAAUACAAUCAAUACACCUCAGAUUACGAUAUUGCACUGUUAGAACUGAAUGCACCGGUCUUUUUCAGUGACACCAUCCAACCCAUCUGCUUACCAGCUGCUACUCAUGUCUUCAGUAAUGGAGCACACUGCUACGUGACUGGUUGGGGAGUCCUACAUGAAGAUGGUGAACUGGCUACUGUUCUCCAGGAGGCCAGGGUGAAAAUGAUUCCACUCAGUACCUGCAACAAGUUAUAUGAGAACGGAGUGACUCCCAGAAUGCUCUGUGCCGGCUACCUUCAUGGCGGAGUCGAUGCCUGCCAGGGAGAUUCGGGAGGACCGCUGGUUUGUCUGGAAAAAGGGAAGAAAUGGUUCCUGGCAGGAAUAGUCAGCUGGGGAGAAGGAUGUGCUCGCCACAAUCGCCCUGGUGUUUACACUCGCGUUUCUAGGUUUCGUGACUGGAUCAAACAACUCCAUCAUGGAAGUUUGAAUGCAGGGAAAGCACCAUCUUUCAAGCACCCAGUUGCUGCUCCACCAACUCUGCCUGAGAAGAAGUUCCAUCCACUGCCUAUUGCUUUGACAGUCUUUCUUCUGGUGGUCAUUCUUGCAGGAGCUGCAGCUGCUAUCUGGUACUUUGUGUAUGACGAUGUUCCAAAUCUUUAUUUCAGUGGAUCAAUGAGACUGCUCAAUAUUUCCUACAGCUCUGUUUUAAUGGACCAUAGCUCAACAGAGUUUAAGGACCUAGCCAGCCAGGUGGAUGAAUUAUGUCUGGAGGCUCCGUCCCAGAUGAAAAAACAGAAAAUAUUUAAAUAUGCUCCGUUGUGUGACUAUUCUAUUUUAAAAUCAGGUAUUAAUCNUUUUUCUUCCAAUGGUCCUCUGUUACAGAAACAAAUCCAGAUGAGCAUUUGCUCUUCUCUGAUGAAGGUGCCAAACCCAAAUCUGAGGCUCAAGAUCCAGUUUAAGAUUCUGAUGCUGGAAGGUACACAACCAAACUGCACGAAGGACUGGAUCUCUAUUGAUGGGAAUCGGUAUUGUGGUGAAUACUCCAAAGUCUUAGUGGUUCCCAGCAUCUCCAAUAUCAUGACUGUUCACUUUCACUCAAACAUUUAUACUAGUAAUGUAGGAUUUAAUGCUGAAUACACAAGCUUUGAUCCACGUCAUGGUCUGCUGUGCCCAAUAAAUUACUUCAAGUGCCGUAAUAUGUUAUGUAUACCUAAGAUCUGGUUGUGCGACGGACUCGAUGAUUGUGGGGAUUGGAGUGAUGAACACAACUGUGGUUGCUUUGACGGGUCCUUCAAGUGCCUGGAUAGUUAUUGUCUGCCCAGUAGUUUGCGAUGUGAUGGGAAUAAUGACUGUUCAGGUGGCUUAGACGAGAAGAAUUGUGGGAACACAGAAUGUGGUGCCCACACAUAUCAGUGUGCCAAUGGACACUGUAUUUCCAAAGUUAAUGCUGAGUGCGAUGGUGAAAACGAUUGCUUAGACUUCAGCGAUGAAAACAAUUGUGACUGUGGAAAUCUUCCCAGGCUUAACAGUCGAAUUAUUGGUGGACAUGAGACUCAAAUCAGUAACUGGCCCUGGUUGGUCUCCCUUCACUUUCAUUCAUUCGGGCAUGUUUGUGCUGCAACAGUGAUAAAUAGAAAGUGGCUUCUGUCAGCUGCACAUUGUUACCAAGACACAUACAAGGCAAAAUACUCUGAUAUAACAAUGUGGAAAGCAAUCUUUGGAAUAGACUCUCAAUAUUUAUCGACAAGUGCAGUGACUCAAACAAUCAAACGGUUAAUACAACACGAACAGUAUGAUGAUACAACACUGAAUUACGACAUAACUUUGCUGGAGCUUUCAGCCCCUAUAGCUUUCAAUGAGAACAUACAACCAGUAUGUCUUCCAUCAUCAUCUCAUGUGUUUCCUGCAGGGAAAUCCUGCCAUAUUGUAGGCUGGGGGGCAAAGCAAGAAAAUGGCCCCAUUUCUCUGCACCUUCAAGUGGCUACAGUAAAAAUCAUUGACCAGGCAUUAUGCAAUAAAAGAAUGAAACACCAAAUCACCACGCAAAUGCUUUGCGCAGGAUAUCUUACUGGAGAAAUUGAUGCAUGUGAUGGUGAUUCUGGAGGGCCUUUGCUGUGUGAGGAAUCUUCAGGGAAAUGGUUUGUGGCUGGUGUUGUGAGUGCAGGCGAAGGGUGUGCUCGGAGCGGUUUGGCUGGGAUUUACACACGUUUGGCAAAGUUCUACAACUGGAUGCACGAGAAGAUGGGGGUCGGUGGAAAUCUAUAACGGAAAUUAUUGCUACACAGUGAAAUUUGCUAGAAACAAAAUCUUGUUUUGGUAGCACAAGCAAUGGUCCCUGCUAAUACUUGUAGUGUUAUAGAAUCGUAGAAUAUUACAGCACCAGCAUGUCAAAGCUCGAGGGAACUGCAAACAUCA